ACACCAGUCUUCGGAAGUCGCCUGUCAAUCGGCUUCUUCCAGCCCAGUAAAGGCUUAAGGUCACCUCAAUCUCUCGAAACCCACCAGUCCCAGAGGCCGACUCUUCUCAAGUGGAGGAGACGGGAAGGCGUGCCGUGCAUGGAGCUUUGCCCGACCGCUCGCUCUCUCCUCCCCAGCCGUCUGAGAGCAGGCAAGAGGGGUCCCAGAACAGAGCCCUCGCUCCGCACGCCCCACGCCCGCCCCGCUGUGCCGUGUGCUCUGCCCCUGAGACGCCCCGGCUCGGAGUCCCAGAGCCGCAGCCGAAACUCGCCCGCCCGCGCCCCUCUCCGGCUUGCGGCGCCCGCCCGCACCGCCGCCUGCCACCCGAGGCGACGCCGUCUGCUUCUCCCCACCCGCCAGGUGGCAGGUUCAGGGCCCGGGUCUGAGCCUGCUCCCCUGCAGCUGCCACCGCCGCCCUCGCCGCCAGGGGGCGAGAGUCCCAGGCAGGACAAGCAGCGCUGCUGCCUUGGCGUGAAGGUGGUUUCAAACUUUAGGCUUCUCUUCCCUACCCGCGUCUCUGAAGAGCAGAGAGGAAGAUGGAAACCGAGUCCGGGCAGCAAACAUCAAACCAGAUGCAAACAGAUUCAUUAUCUCCAUCCCCUAAUGCUGUGUCGCCUGUGCCUUUGAAUAACCCAACAAGUGCCCCAAGAUAUGGAACAGUGAUCCCUAAUCGCAUCUUUGUAGGAGGAAUUGACUUUAAGACAAAUGAAAGUGAUUUAAGAAAAUUUUUUUCCCAGUAUGGGUCUGUGAAAGAAGUGAAGAUUGUAAAUGACAGAGCUGGAGUAUCCAAAGGGUAUGGUUUCGUCACUUUUGAAACACAAGAAGAUGCACAAAAAAUUUUACAAGAGGCUGAAAAACUUAAUUACAAGGAUAAGAAGCUGAACAUUGGUCCAGCAAUAAGAAAACAACAAGUAGGGAUCCCUCGUUCUAGUAUAAUGCCAGCAGCUGGAACAAUGUAUCUAACAACUUCAACUGGAUAUCCUUAUACUUACCAUAAUGGUGUUGCUUAUUUUCAUACUCCAGAGGUAACUUCUGUCCCACCACCUUGGCCUUCACGUUCUGUAUGUAGCUCCCCUGUGAUGGUAGCUCAGCCCAUUUAUCAGCAACCUGCAUAUCACUACCAGGCCACCGCACAGUAUUUACCAGGACAGUGGCAGUGGAGUGUUCCUCAGCCUCCUGCCUCUUCUGCUCCCUUCUUAUACCUGCAACCUUCUGAGGUUAUUUAUCAACCAGUGGAAAUUGCACAGGAUGGUGGAUGUGUUCCUCCUCCACUGUCUCUGAUGGAAACUACAGUUCCAGAGCCUUAUUGUGAUCAUGGAGUUCAAACAACAUAUCACCAGGUUUAUGCUCCAAGUGCCAUCAGUAUGCCUGCGCCUGUGAUGCAGCCUGAACCAAUUAAAACAGUGUGGAGCAUUCAUUAUUAAGACAAUUGGGCAGCUCUAGUCCAGCUCAACUGAUUUCUUGUCCAAUGAUCCUUGUGUGGCCGAGAUCCAGCUUCAACGAACCAGCUAGAAGCUGCGCGUUGUGAAACUUAGUGUUAGUUAAUACCUCACCAUACUCAGUUAUUCCACUAUAAGCUGUCUAAAUUUGAUGAAAUUUGCUUUUUCAGCUGUUCUACAAAAUUAUUUAGGUAGAUGUGGCAUGUUGGUUUUUUAUGUGCUAAUCUAACUGUAAUGACCUUUUCUACAACAUGUUUUAUCCAUUCCAUAAAUAAUAACCACAUUGGGAAUAGUGAGGUGUCUUUUAUUUUCUCUGCUUUGUGUUAUUUUUUCUUAACAAACUAUUAGAUGUUAUGUUUCAUAUUAUUUGAUAUUUAUUUUCAUAUUUAGGAUAAGAAUCAUUUUUAAUUAUAAUACUUUUAAUACUUUCAUAUAUUUUACAACAGUAUACUAUUUAAUCUUAAUGACUUAAUUCUAUUUUUGCUUUGCUGUUUUGUCAUUUAAUAUGCUUUUGUCUAAUUUUUCAUUCAUUUGUUACUGUUACUCCUUAUUUAAUUUUGCGUCUGCCAUGGUUUUCAGAAUCUGAAUAGUAUUUAUACUUCUUUUUUUAAUAACAUUUUCCAAAUAUUAGAAAUACCAUCAACAUGAUCAAUAUUCUUGCCUUUUCAUGUAAUUUGACCAUAUUAAAUUUUUUCUUCA